GUGCCGAUCCCCAGCCCUGACAGCGAACAGGAGUGCAACGGUGCAACGAGUUUUACGUCAGGCCUGGGCCUCGGCAGCUUCCUCUCUUGGGUGCUGCUUCCGCUGCUGAGCCGCCCGGCUGGGGGCUCCCCACACCCUGGGGCUGGGCUUUUGGGGCUUUGUUCCCAGGCCACAGACUCUCUCUGGACUGAUUUCUUGUUUGGAUCCAGCCCAAGCGAAGAUUUCGGCAGCCAGAGUUUGAUGCUGUAGAGGCGACCAUGGGCUGGAUUUGAGGAAGAGACACCUCCCCAGGGCUGCUCGGUGAAUGGCAGCCAUCAAAGGGGCCGUGGGCUGAGGAUUUCCUCACUGGCCCGCCCCGCCCCAUGUGGGCCAGGUGGUCCCAGCAGCGGGAAGGGCUGGGGCUUGUGUGUUAGAGCCUGGAAGCCCCCGGGCUGGUCCAACCAUCCCCAUGUCUCUCGCCAUGAAAGCCCGGCAGAAGGUGAAACGGAAAGGAGCAGCCAAGGACCGGGUCUUUGGGUGUGACCUGCUGGAGCACCUCCAGCACUCUGGCCAGGAAGUCCCCCAGGUGCUGAGGAGCUGCACCGAGUUUGUCGAGCAGCACGGCAUUGUGGACGGGAUAUACAGGCUCUCCGGGGUCUCCUCAAACAUCCAGAAGCUGAGGCAGGAGUUUGACAGUGACCGCUGCCCCGAUCUCAACAAAGAUGUGUAUCUGCAGGACAUCCACUGUGUCAGCUCCCUCUGCAAAGCCUACUUCCGGGAGCUCCCCAACCCCCUGCUCACCUACCAGCUCUACGACAAGUUUGCUGAUGCUGUGGCCAUACAGAUGGAGGAGGGACGGCUGGUGAAAAUCAAAGAGGUGCUGAAGGAGCUUCCAUCCCCACACUACAGGACGCUGGAGUUUCUGAUGAGACAUCUGGUUCACAUGGCUUCCUACAGCUCCCAGACCAACAUGCAUGCCAGGAACCUGGCCAUCGUCUGGGCCCCCAACCUGCUCAGGUCUAAGGACAUCGAGGCCUCUGGGUUCAACGGCACGGCUGCCUUCAUGGAGGUGCGGGUGCAGUCCAUCGUCGUGGAGUUCAUCCUCACCCAUGUGGAGCAGCUCUUCAGAGACGCCCCUCUCUGCGGAAGUGACCGCGAGAGCCUCCGGAAAUCCCUCCUCCUGUCCGGCUUGGGGUUGCCAGGAGUCCACCCCGACUGCCAGACCAUGUCCUACAACUUGCCCGCCAUGCUGAACCAGGGAGACGGCCCGCCACAGAUCCGCCCCUACCACACCAUCAUCGAGCUCAACGACCACAAAAGAAAAGGCUCCUUGAAGGUAAAGAAAUGGCGGUCGAUCUUCAACCUGGGCAGAUCCAGCACUGACUCCAAACGCAAGCUGGCCAAGGCAGAGGAGAAAGACGACAAAUCCGUUAAAAUGAGCUUGCGGCCGGCCAAAAGCAUGGACUCCCUCAGCUCCAUGCCGGAUGCGAACGAUGACAACACCAGGCUGGGCAGGAAGAGAUCACAGAAGCAGGCCCCUCAGCGCCGCGAGAGUUUCGACAGCCCCUCCUCCCGGGAGGAGAGCUUCCUGGAGUCGGACGAGUACCCUGAUGGGAAAUUCAAGAGCGAGGAGGGGCAGCAAACGCUGGAGUCCGAGGGCGAAGCCAGUGCCAAAUCAGAGCCCACGACCCCCAAGGCCGGCCGGGCCUCGCUGGUGGGGGGCGCCCCACAGGGCCGCUCGCCCAAGACUGCGCAGAACCGGGCAGAGAAGUGCGCUGGGGUCCAUAUCUCCGUCCCCUUCUCGGUCACUGUCCCCUUCCACAUCACCUCCAACAUCUCUCUGUCCCGCCUGACCCGGGGGCUGGAGUGCCCGGCCCUGAACUACAGCCCCUUAGACAAGGAGGCUCUGGAGAGGUCAUCCAAGGAGCUAGAAGCGGAGGAGCGGCUGGGAGCUAAGAUCCCCGUCGCCAAGGAAGAUCACAUGGCAGAUACAAAGCCGGCGAGUGCUCUGGACUCAGAGGAGAACAGGCUGUCCAUGGAGGUGCAGGACUCUUUCUCAUUUCUCGACAACCAGGACACCUGGCAGGACUGUAGCACAGAAGGCGACCAGCCAGAGAAGAGCUUGCUGGAAGAGACCACCUCCGAUUUUGCUGGGGACAUGCUGGAUGGCUUCCAAGGAAUGGAUGACUUCAUGGAGAGCAGGUUCAUGAACCUGGAGUUCUCAGUGGAGCCGCCCCUGGAGUACCUCUCCAUCGAGGAGUGCAUGAACGAGGAGCAGUACUACAUGGCCACCAGCUGCUCCGACACCGAGGAGCUCUCCAAGGAGACGGACUCCGAGGACGCGUUCCUGAGCGCCUACGAUGACCUGAGCCCCUUAGCUGCCGACCUAGAGAAGCUGCAGCAGCUCGGGGCGCAGCAUGGGUGGGACGUGCCUCUCCCAGAGAGUGCGCUGGGUGGCGAAAUGGCUCAAGAGAUGCUGAGCAACCAGCCCCCAAGACCUUCUGAGGGGCCGUUACCUAGCAAUACCAACGGCUCCUCUUCGUCCAAAGAAGGCAGCAGCACCAAGGUGCCUCUGCCAGAUGGCCCUCAUGCUUCAGAACUAGCCAGGCCACGUCGGAGCAAGGAGGCCGCCGAAGAUCCCCACGGUGCCCUUCACCAGCCAGAGGGGCUCGAAGGGGAGGGGGCUGAGGGAACAGCCAUGGAGCCCAGCCCAGCCGGCCAGCGAGAAGAAGACAAAAAGGUGACAGGGGGCGAUGGUCUGGAAGCAGGCCCUGGCCCACCCAGAACUGAGCCCACCACUGAUGUAGCGCCAGUUGGGGAGGACCAGGGCACAUGGGCUCUGGAGAGCGAAGGCCACGCCGCCCAAGCCAGCCAUGCCGGAGAUGAGCAGGUGCAGGCCCCGAGGCAACGGGAGACAGAGCUGGCUCCAUGUGCUCAGGGCCAGGAGGCCAAUGGACGUGCCCCAGAGGAAGUGAGAGUGCAGGAGGGCCAAGAGGGCUCUGCUCCUCCCAUGCCAGUGCCCAAACAGCCGGAGAAUGGAAAGGCCCCACCUCAGCCUCUUGCAAUGAAGAUCACCCCUGCCCUCUCACCAGGAUCGGGGCCCGAGCCCCCUGCUGUCCCCAUAUGUGAGAGUGGCCCCAUGUCCACUGCCCCCUUUCUAGAGACAGGCCUUGAGACCACUGCUGCCCCCCUGGAUCAGAAUGGUCCCCAGGCCUCCAUCUCCUUGCUAGGGACAAGCCAUGAAGCCUCCAUCACCCCUGGGUAUGAGAGUGGCCCUGAGGCUGCUCCCUUGCUUGAGACUAGCUCGGAUCUUGCAUCCAGGUCUGACGCUUCCCCAUCGCUGGGGAGUGGCCCCACAAGCCUUCCCCUGGAAUCUGGGCCCCUGAACCCCACAGACCUUCCCGCUCUCCCCGAGCCUGACAUGCCAGCCGGGGUGCGCCCUGACGGGAGCGCCCCCAUGAGAGUCACUUCCAGCACCGUCCGAGUCCAGCAGGUGAAGUCCGUCCCCAUAGUGCCCCCCAAGCCCCAGUUUGCCAGGAUGCCUCCUACCGUGAAUAUGCACCUAGGUGAAGCGUCCACGUGGCCCAAGCUCUCUGCUUCGGAGAAGAGCUCCGGUGGUGGGGAGACCGGCCUGGGCAAAGGGGGCUCUCUCCAGAGGCAGUCGCACCCUGUCAGCCUGGGUGGGUGCUGCCGAGUCGCAGAGGGCAUGGAGUCGAACGAGGAGUCUCCCCCGCCCGGCGCUCUGGAGAAGUGCCCCAGCGGCACAGAGAGCCGUGAGCCCGCCGAGACCUCCCUCCAGAAGCAGAGGCGAACCAGCUGGCGUAACGGUGGCAGCAUGUCUUUCGACACGGCGGUGGCCCUGGCCAAGGAGAGGCACUUGGCCCAAGCCCCGGUUCGGAGGAUGCAGACCUAUUGCGUGGGGGAUGGUCGGGAGAUGCACGGCACUCCCAAGAUGGAGAAGCCCCCGCCGUUCCCCAGGCCUGCCCUAAAGCCUGUGGGCCAGCGCUCCCUGAGGCCGCUGAGCUGCACCAGCGUGCUACUGUCGCCAGAUGCCCUGGCUCUGGGCAAGCACCCGCCACUGCCUGACACGGCCUGCGAACCGUGCCUGGCGCCUGGCCAGGAGCCACUGCCCUUCGCCCAGGAGCCCGCAGCAAGGAGCAGGUUGAGCAUGCCCAGGCUCGGCCAGCGACCGUCGGACACGGAAGAGGCAGCAGGGCCUCUCCCGCAGCAGCGGCGGUCGCUGGGUUUUGAAAUCAGGGACUGCGGGGCGUCGGAGGAGUUGUGAGGGAGUGGCGGGGACGGUUCCAUGCUCAUUGACUGGUGGGCUGCCAAAUCUCAACCAACGUGGGUUACUGCCUUAACGCACCAUCCUGCACCCGCUGCUCCGAGUCCAGCCCUGCUCCGGGUGGCUGGCACCGGACGACCGGGGCUGGGAGGGUUGGGUUGUGCAGCAGGAAGAAACAUCGUGUGGUUCAGGGGAGAGGAUCUGCUUUCCGAGACAGCCCCUCCAAACUGCGAUGGGGCCUCAGCCAGAGCUAACGCUGUUCAGACACAAUCAUUGAGCCAGCCAUUCCCUCUGCGUCUCCUCCAGAAUAGUGAUGUUCAUCUUCAGCGCAGAAGAGAACAAUGUCUGCUCCAAUCAGCUAGAUCCUCUUCCACCAGGGCUGAACCUGGCUCAGCUUGGCAUUGGGUGGGUGGGGAAAGCCACGAGGCUGGUGCUCCUGUGAAUAAUUCGAGGCUCGAUUCUCCAAGGUGCUGAGAACUCACAAAACCCACUGGUCACUGGGAGCUACAGAGGGCCAGCACCUUUGAGCAAGGUCACCAGCUCUUAUCUCCAUCCCCGGGGGUGGGAACACCAGCCCUGGAGAUAUGGGGGUCAUGACUUUUAAAACAAGAGCAGCAGAGGGUCUCUCCAGAGACGGCACUGGGCUGAAACCACAGCAAUCUUGCUCCUAGCUCACCCACCCCUUUGCAGACAUCUCAUCUUUUGCUUUUAGGAAAUAAACAGAUCAAGAAGGCUGCAGGGACCAGCCUGGUAGGUCACAGAACCUUUCAUUGCUAAACUUGCAGCCCGCCCAAGCGGGUUGUAACAUAACGGCAACGGCUUCUGGUUGUUCCUGAAACAAUGUAGGACAAUCAGCUGUUUAUAGCCAGCUCCUUGUAAUUUCAGAGAAACCACUGGCCCUGCUCGGCCUUCUUAUUUGUGGUCGCCAGGCUCAACAGAGAGGCCAAAGAAUGAACCAGCCAUCGGUGGCUGGACUCCUCUCUGAUGCUCCCUCCAGGGCACGGUCAGCACAUAUGUAGGGGAUCUUGCACCUCUGCAGCCCAGCCUGUCCCCCUUCUCUGGGCACAUGGCAGGUUUCUGUGCAAGGACACUGCCUAAAGCCCUAGAAAAUCUGCGGAAUUAGCUGGUUGAUGGGCUAGGUGGGACGUACAGUCCAUGUCCACCUCUAACAUCCAUCCUCCUGCUGGCUGUCAUCUAUGAAAGGGGCAGCCGAGUCCUUGGGUUUCCACUCACUUUUCUCCCUGCGUUGCUCCAUUAGUAAUCUUAUUUCAUUGGUCUCUCUGGGUUCUCCAGACCCUUGUUAAUCUGAGACGGCAGCUGGUUUGGGUUUGACAAUGAUUCGUAGCUACUGUACCCUCAUGGGAUAAUAAAGAUAGUUUGGAAGAAA